CUUCCAUACAGCCCCUAGGCAGUGAAGCCCCGGCACCGAACCUUUUUCUUUAAAGCCCCUGAAAUAAGUCGACUUCCACGGCCACGCGCCUGCUCUGGCGCCUCCACCUUCCCAGACCGGGGUUCAACCCUAAUGCCGCUGCCGCCGCAGGUCUGAGGUCAGCGAGUAUGGGUGGUGUGACGUCCUCGGUGGCCGCUAAGUUCGCCUUCUUCCCGCCCGACCCACCGUCUUACGGCGUGGUGGACGAGGAGCCGCCUCCGCCGGGCGUGGCUCCGGCGGGGAGUGACGCUGCAGCACUUUCUAGAAGGGUGUUGAUGACGGGGGUUCUGUGGAGGGAGGGGGUGGAGGCACGUCGCCUCCGGACGCGGCGGGGCACGGAGAUCAUUGCUAUGUAUGUAGGGUGUCCCAAGGCGAGUCUCACCGUGCUGUACUCGCACGGCAAUGCCGCCGACCUCGGCAAGAUGUAUGAGCUCUUCAUAGAGUUCAGCGCUCGCCCCCACGUCAACAUCAUGGGGUAUGAUUAUUCUGGUUAUGGACGGUCAUCAGGCAAGGCAAGUGAAGCUAAUACAUUUGCUGACAUAGAGUCUGCAUAUAAAUGCCUUGUGGAGGUUUAUGGGACUAGGGAAGAAGACAUUGUUCUUUAUGGUCAAUCUGUCGGUAGUGGCCCCACUGUUGAUUUAGCUGCUCACUUGCAUCACAUAAGAGCAGUUGUUCUGCAUAGUCCCAUACUUUCUGGCCUGCGUGUCAUGUAUUCUGUGAAGAAAACGUACUGGUUUGACAUAUAUAAGAACAUCGAGAAAAUUCCCCUUGUUAAAUGCCCUGUUCUGGUGAUUCAUGGUACAAGUGACGAUGUUGUUGAUUUUUCCCAUGGAAAGCGGAUAUGGGAGCUGAGCCAACAGAAGUAUGAGCCUCUGUGGAUCGAGGGAGGCGACCACUGUAACUUGGAGACCUUCCCAGUGUACAUAAGGCAUCUGAAGAAGUUUCUGUCGGCUGUAGAGAAGUUGCCUGCUGGAAAAGAAGCAGCACCUGAGAGUGAGAAGUUGCUAGCUGGAAAUGAAAAACCUUCAGAUAGCGUCGCUCUUUCUGAGCCGCAUUUGAUGACCUCGCAGAGGUUAGAGCCAUCGAGGAAGAGCUCAAGGCAUGAGCAGCCUCCUAGGCUGAGCACUGAACGUGUAGAUAAACACCGUCGAAGUACAGACGUCAGGGAAAAGGCAAGGUCCAUCACACAUAAGGAGAGAUCAAGGAGAAGUGUCGAUACAUUUGACAGGACAAGAGAUGAAAAUGAACAGACAGACAAACCAAGGAAAAGCAUUGACAGGCUUGGCGAGAUGAUUAGAUCAAUGGGCCUCUGCAAUGUUGAUUGCUUCAAAGAGCCUUCUCGAAAAACUGAGGCUUGCUGAGUCAGUGAGUGGUUUUUCAUAUGUAGUUAUAGAAUCGUUUUGUUUCUCUUUGCAGCGGCAGAGUCAACAAUGGUUUGUGUGCUCUUGCUGAUGAAAAUUGUCCACGAACAGCAAAGAUAAAUAUAGUGCAACUCCUUGAAUUGAGCUUUAUUCUAUCUUGUACAUACUACAUCUGUGUUUCUUGAAACGAAGUAUACCACUUUUUCCUGCUACUUUCCCGUCGUUCUGCAAAUACCAGGUUGAGCGUAGUAGGUGCCACUACGACGCAGAAGUGCGUUAAGGACAAAUCUCCACCAUCCAAUCAAAGUCUAAGGGCCCAAAUCAACUGCUACAGUACUUCUGUGUAUCAGUGCAGAUCAUCUGGGUCCCUCUUAGGCGGCAUCAGUAUACAGAUUGGGCAAUCCUCUGCUUUGCAAACCCCAACAUAUCUGCCGAGCAAUAGUCAUCUGUCAAUAUUUUUUUAUCCUUUUCAUCUUUUUAUUUACUUACUCGAAAACGAGCAGGAUUUAAGCUUGCGGAUGCCGAUACGUCUCCGUUGUAUUUAUAAUUUUUUAUUGUUUCAUAUCAAUAUUUUACAACUUUUAUAUACUUUUGGCAACAUUUUAGAUUAUUUUUUUGGACUAA